GUUUAAUUACAAGUGCUAACGCUCUGCCCUACUCGUGGACUUGUAGGGCAAGUUCUCUUUCGAACCGCCAUAGAGUUAUAGCACAAUAUCUGAAAUGGGUUGACAUAUGAAAAUGCGCUGUGCGUCAGGCUUCAACCAGAUCGAGCGACAUGAGAACCUCUUCCCCGGUCAGCCUGCGCCAUAAUGCAGCCUCGCGAGCUGCGCCUCUACAACCACCACUGCACCACCUUAACAUGAUCCGUCCUCUAAUACCUGCUUCGUUAUCGUCGACCCUGAAUACCUCACGCCGAUAUACUAGAUAAGCCGCACGAUUCCCGCCUUCCAUGCGACCCCACCCGACCCUCUGCCAUGGCCCUCAUACGCCUCUUGCAGCGCAAACCAGACGGCGAACUCGUCUUUCGCGAGCCCACUAGCGGCGAUGUCCCUGCCUACGUAAUAUUGUCUCAUACAUGGGGGGAAGAGGAGGUCAUCUUUCAAGACAUGGAAAUCAGCGCAGAUAGGAGCAAGACUAGGAGCAAGGCUGGGUGGAAGAAGAUACAGUUCUGCGCGGACCAGGCUGCAGCUGAUGGACUACAAUACUUCUGGAUAGACACCUGCUGCAUCGACAAGAGGAAUGCGGUCGAGCUUGGCGCUGCGAUCAACUCCAUGUUUCGGUGGUAUCAGAACGCUGCACGCUGCUACGUCUACCUUUCAGAUGUCUCCAAACCCAAGGGAUCAGAUGGAGAAAGAGCGUGGAAAGAGGCACUUAGGACAAGUCGGUGGUUUGCCCGGGGCUGGACGCUUCAAGAGCUCGUCGCACCGAGGGUGGUUAACUUUUUCAGCGUAGAGGGGCGGCGGCUCGGGGCCAAACUAUCGCUUACGACUGAGAUACACGAGAUCACAGGUAUCCCAGAGAAAGCCCUCCGAGGCGAUGCGCUGUCAAAUUUCAGCAUUAGAGAGCGGAGGUCCUGGGCCGAGCGUCGCAACACUACUGUUGAAGAGGAUGGAGCGUACUGUUUGAUCGGAAUCUUUGGUGUAUCUAUGGUGCCAAACUACGGGGAGGGCAGAGACCAUGCAUUCCGGCGGCUAGGAGAGGAGAUUCACAAGUUACACAAGGGUGUUAAUUUUGAGCUAUAUGCUGUCGGACUAAACCUUGCAUCGCUUCCUGAAGCUGCACAGUUCGUUGCUAGAGAGGAAGAACUCUCGAAGAUGCAUGAGCUGCUACACGGUCAUAGCAACCGAUCCGCAGUAGUCCUGUACGGGCUUGGAGGAAUCGGAAAGACUCAACUCGCAAUUCAGUACAUUAAAAGGCAUAAAGAGAAACACACAGCAAUAUUCUGGCUAAAUGCGAAUGAUGAAGACUCCCUCCAACUUUGUUUUCGCAGCAUUGCUCAGCAAGUCCUAAAGUACCAUCCGUCCACUAGAGUGCUAAGUGAAGUAGACUUAGAGGGAGACCUUGAUCGAGUGGUUAGUGCAGUGAAAGUCUGGCUCGAUCUCCCAGACAAUACACAUUGGCUGAUGAUCUAUGACAAUUACGACAAUCCCCGAACCUCCAAUGCUUCUGACCGCUCGACAGUGGAUAUACGUCGGUAUCUGCCAGAAAGUGACCAGGGCUCGAUCAUCAUUACAACGCGGUCGGCAAGGGUUACCCAAGGUCAGCGGCUCCACAUUCAGAAGUUGAUAAGGCUAGAGGAGGGACUCAAGAUCCUGUCAAAUUUGUCUAGAAGGGAGGGUGUUGAAAAUGAUUCUAAUGCAAAGGCGCUUGUCGUAAAGCUAGACGGCCUACCACUUGCUUUGUCUACGGCUGGGGCGUAUCUAGAGCACGUGACCAUCAGCUUCGCAGAGUAUCUUCGGCUAUACGAGGCGUCUUGGUUGAAACUCCAGAGGCCGAGUCCGAGUUUGAGCUGCUAUGAAGACCGAUCAUUGUACACAACAUGGCAGGUCACCCUAGAUCGGAUUCGAAAACAGAACGCAGCAUCAGCCCAGUUGCUCAAGCUGUGGGCGUAUUUUGACAAACAAGACGUGUGGUUUGGACUUCUUCAACAUGCAUGCUCCGCAGAUAAUAAGUGGAUACAGAAGCUUACUGAGGAUGAGUUAAGUUUCAACGAGGCAGUGCGACUGCUAUGCGAGUACGGUCUAGCUCAUCCAGAACCCUCACUUGGACAGCUCACUAGGUCUUCAGGGUAUGGAGUGCAUAGUUGUGUGCACUCAUGGAUAAUAUAUGUUUUGAACAGCGAGUGGGACGAUGGCCUGACACGGUUGGCUCUGACGUGCGUAGCAUCUGAAGUUCCUAGUACGGACGUAGAUCAGUGGUGGCUCCUUCAGCAGCGGCUGCUUCAACAUGCUGCAAGACUUGAACAUUGUAUCACAGAUGGUAAUGUGGGUGUUGGGGGAACAGAGUGGGCACUACACAAACUAGGCUUGCUCUACGCCAACCAAGGCAAGCUGGCCGAGGCGGAGGCCAUGUACAGUCGGGCGCUGCAAGGCAAGGAGGAGGCACU